AUGGAUGAAAUUAUGACAUAUAUGUUAUCAGGAGAAUGUGUAAUGUUUCUUUUAUGCCAUGAAACUGAAAAUCCUAUAAUGGUGUGGAAAAAGAUGAUUGGAAAUAAAGAUCCAGCCGAGGCUAAAAAAGCAGAUCCACAAUCCUUAAGAGCAACAUAUGGAACAUCUAUAAUUAAAAAUGAAUUUCAUGGUAGUGAUGAUCCAUUUUCUGCUAACAAAGAAAGAGAUAUUUUUAAGUUCCCAAUUCCUCAAAAAAUACCUGAUUUCAAGUUUGACAAAAUGUUAGUGUCUUUAGAGACACUAUUUAAAUUUUUAUAUCCUCCUAACUUAGAACAUUCAAAUGCAUUAGAAAGACUAGACAUUUUUGCCAUUUAUGGUCCUUGUGUCAAUUAUCACAGUGUUGAUCAAUGUCUAUGUAGGGAAUGUGCAAUCGUUGGAAAAGAGCAUCUAGAAGGUGUAAGGGAAUCACUUAUAGCCACUGAACAAACAAAAUUAGGAAUUAAAAUUCGACCCCAACCAACAACAGCUACUAAAACAUAACUGCCGUAAAGAGUUCAACUACCACCUAUAAGAUUAUUGAAAGAGGAAGACAUCAAAUAAGUUUAUUAGUAAUUGUGUGAAAAGUGUCAAUUUCAUUGUAAUGGCUACGCACAUUUACAAGGUGGAAGGAAUAUGCAGCAUGUUAUGACUGAUUAAGAAUUAAACACUUUAGCCAAGGAGAUGAACAAAUAGGAAAUCUUGGAAUUACUUUAUAGUGAAAAGGGUAAUGCUGCUAAUGUCAUGAUUGAAACUAUCGACCUUAAUGAACCUAAUCAUUACACUAAGGAAAUGAUUGAAUUAUUGUUUCAGGAAUUAGAAACUGACUACUAUAAUAGAUUUAAAUUUUAUCAUCUUUAGAAUGUCAUUUUAGAAGACAGAAGGAUUAGAAUGAAUGCUUGGAUGAGCAUUCUAAUAAAUAAACCUAUUCAUAGAUUCAAAAAUCCUAAAUUGGUAUGUAAAGUACCACCUGAAAUGAGAAAGAACCCUGAAAGCAUUCACUACACCAUCAAUAGAAUCUUACCACUUAAUCAAACAUAUAAGAAGAAAGACAUUACUAAAAUGCCUUUGGAUUUCCCACCAAAUAUUGCAGAUAAGGAAAAACUAAAUCCAAAUGAAGAGAAGCUAGCGUUGUUGAAGAAACUUCAUAGAGACACACAUCACAUGGUUGAAAUUUAAGAUGCGAAGAAGGUUGUUUCUAAUGGUGUAUACUUAUUGCGUAAGUAUAAUGACGGAAGAAAUGGUGAUUGGGAUAACUACUCAUCACUUAAGGGCAUGAAUAGAGGUUCAUAUGUAAAUUACGAAGAAAAAAAGAAAAAAGAAAAACUUUGA